UGUGCUCUUACCGGUAAGAGUGCCAGAUGCGUUGACCCAGUCCCCUAUUUCACUACAUGCAUUACAUUAUUUCAACAUCUAUGUCAGAACAUCCAUCGUAGAUUGCCGGACAUAGUCUGAAGUAAAGUUUAGAAGUGGGGAGGAGCGAGGGAAUAUAAUUCUAUUUACGGAAACUUGGACUUCGAAAAUUGAAAACACGACUACCUUUUUGYGAUUUAAUUUGUACGAUGAGAUAAGUCAAUCGGGACGAAGGCGACAAACGAAACAGCAUGGAUUCCCGUUACAACAUCAUUGCCGAUGACGAGAAGCCUUYGACCAGUUUCAUGCUAAAUAAUGAUGAGAAUCAUCUACUGUCGCGUAUUGCUCCUAGUGGGAGUUCGAUUGAGUCGUUGACGUCACCACUCGAGGUGGAAGAGGACGAAGGUACCAACGAGGAUUCCGUUUCUUCAUCCUCUUCCGUAUCCUCGCAAUCUUUGGACUUGAAUCCAAAUUCUACCAUCGACGAGUUGGAUCUCCCUGGAAUUGCCCUUUUGAAGGAGAUUUUUCCAGAAGAAACGACAGAUGCUUUGAGAGAGUUGCAUUAUCAGAACAUUAUUGCUAACCAAACGUCGUCGUCUUCGAUAUCGCAAUCUGCAUCKUCUAUAAAAGUAGAAGGAACAGCAAAGUCCUAUGACGAARGUUAUCAAGAAACAGUCCGAGGAGAUCGAGAACACCAUCAAAUGCGACAACAGCAAAAACCCAAAUUUCGUCACAGGAAUGCAAAUAUCACUGAACUUCCCGACGAGGAUUUUUUACGCCUGCCAAAAUCGGUAGCUGUUCUUCGAGAACGGAAAAGUGUAGGAAGCGAYAACGGUCACGAUGUACGUACMUAUGAAUUAAUACACGAUUUAGAAUCUCGGGCUAUGCAAGAAUACAAGUUGGCAGCGAGAACAGCGAUGCCGUCAUUGUCAUCAUCCUUCAGUCAAACAAAAAAUCCAGGACGACAUCACAUAGAAUACAAUACAUACGUCGUGGAUAGAGAUCAAAGCCUGGGUUUGGGGAUGACUCUGCAAGAAAUAGUUGAAGAAGGUGACCACCUGCGUGAGCAGCAACAGCAAUACGGAGAUCCUGAUUCYCAUGCCAUGCCUGGACACAUARUGAUCCGGUUUGGCUUGAUGGUGGUUGGAUUCAUUCCCGAUUCAAAAAAGAUCCAGAAAGGAGAGGUUACCAAUAAUUUUCCUAGCAGUCCGGCCGAAACUGCCGGAAUCUUGUGUGGCGAUGUCCUCAUUGGAAUCAACGGUACUGCCUUCGUAAUGCAAGUCCCACUAUCUUCAUCCUUCWCUGUCGAUAGGCAGAGCGAUGAGUAUAAAAUUCAAAAGCAAAAAGUGAUUCAGCUAAUACAAAACUCACCAACCCCGGUAGUCCUUCAUAUCCGAAGACACCGACAACGAUUGUCGGGGCCGACACCAGUGACGACAGAUGAAACAGAAUCGAUUGGAAAGUCAUUUAGCGAGCGCAGCGUCACUUCUUUGCUCGAUACAACUACAUUCGAUUUUGACGAAGGUAAAUUUGAUCCGCUGCAUGCUCAGCGAGGGAGUUUCGGGAAAUCAUUACYCAUCCAACUCGUCAAAGAAGAUUACCCACCUCAACGACAAGAACCGAACCAAGUUCCGCCGACGAGUUAUUCCCGAUCAUUGCACCCUUCGUCCUCCUCUGCCUUUCACAAACCUUCACCAUCUCGAACUCCACGUAGAAUAUCGUCUAACUUGGUGCGACAUCCUCUCUCGAUUGAAUUAGCACGACUAAAACUGAUUAGUUGUGGAGAAGAUGAGUGGCGUAUCACUCGACGAUUGCAACAAUUUACAGAUCGGACUCGGCAGUGGGAAUCGUCGAACUCCCUUCGAAUUGCCGUUUCCGGAAGAGCACCUGGCAGCAAAAGGGGAUCUCUCGUUCCCCUUUUCGAUCCAAACGAUUUACCACCUGAUAUGGCAGCUUUGAUGGUGUUUACGCAAGAAAACUUUGUAAAGGGAGAAGAAAUACAACAUCAAGAUACGGAGGCUCGUGCCCUUGCAGCGGACAGCGACAAAUUUAAGGAGCAUCAAGGAGUSCAAAAUUAUGAACAAUCUCACCCACAAACUUAUAUACAUGCAGAAGCAUGCACGCGAUCAACUCCACCGUUACCCUUGGAUUCUCCUUUGAUUCCGUUUGAAUAUCUUCAGGCUUUUUGUGGGUAUGAGAAAGCUCAAGAAAUACGGUCAGUACCUCCUUCAGCUACUCCAUCUACUUUAGACAGAAAAUUCGCACCAAGACGAUUGUUUUGGCCCCAGGGGUCAUUUGAGGAACAUAGUACAAGCCAACAUCCCCGGAAUGAUACCACGCACUUGGAGGAUGUUGUUUGGAUUCCMUUGCAUGGGAUCCGAAAAUCUUUAAGUGCUCGAAUCCUCAACAGUUUUGUGGAAGUUAGCGAACCAAACAACGACAGCAACAAUGUAUCGCGCAUCGCAUACACAAUAUGGGUAUAUGAUGUAGAAACGGGUCGUGAAUGGUAUGCUCCUAUUCGAUAUUGGGAAGAUUUUUCUGAUUUACGUGAUGCUGCUUUGGAAUUACUUCCGUCGAGUUCGGAUGUUUACAAGGAGAUGCUGAACAUGAAAUCUUUGAAAGAACCUACUAUUCCAGGUGACAGAAAAGCUGGGUGGGGGGCCUCAGUCUUUGGCAGUCCGUCACUUUCUUCAUCUAUGUCACCGUCACAAAAACGGCGCCGGCAGAGGAGAAAUGAGGAGUUCGACGAUUCACGUCAACAAACUUGUCAGUAUCUGGAAGAAUUUCUCCGAGAACUCAUAGGAAUUGUCUACACAUGCAACCCUCUGCAUCCGAAUACUGCGGAGAUCGCUUUGUAUGUGCAGUCGUUCUUAGGAGUAGAUGCAGGUUUAGAGGAUGGCAAUGUACCUAUCUCAUAUGAACGUACGUUCAAUAGCACUUCGGAACGCAUAGAAGAUGAAACCAGACAGCUAUUAAAACGUAGUAUCCAAAGGUAUUCRUGGCGAAUUUUCUUGUUGCAUACAAUGAAUGCAAUUGUGAGAGAUUUUGUUUACGCAGCACGGGCUCGAGGGCCCAAACUACACGAGAUUGAAUCGAUUGAGAACGGAAAUGGAACGUCUUUGAAAACACGAGCAAUGAAUGAGCUGCUACAAAUUCGGAAGUUUUUGGACCAAUUAGUUGAUUUGAUUCUGGAUAGCUGUAACGAUGACCUUCGAUCAAUAGCAAAGCGUCAAGAGUAUUCUGCGAUCCAUAAGUAUUUCGUCGACGAGAGUUAUUGGGAAAGACUUGUCAGGUGAGUCCGUAACAAGGUAUUGAUCGCGAUAAUGCAAUUUACGUUGGUUUUUCUUUAAAUUUGGAGGAUCUAUAUUCUUGUACGUCAUGGUCAUGUUCUAAACUCUUUGGACCUGCUCGUUGCUCUAGAGAAUCUGUUCGUGAGCAAGUCGAGAUCGAAGUGUAUGUUCCUCUACGGAGCGUAGUCUCAAGACUUCUCGUAAAUGGUUGGCGGAAUGAUGAUAUGGAGGUACUAUUUAAAAUAAAGGUAAAUGGAAUGGGAAGAAUCAGUACUGCUCUCUUGUUAAUUAUUUUCUGGAGAAGGUGCCCAAUCUUACUCGURUCUCGUCUGCAUGUUUCUUCGCUACGAAGGAGCUUCGAAAACGGCCACAAGGGAUGUUUCGGAUUAACAAGAUYAGCCCUUCUCAUUGGCAAUCAGUUGCUAAUAUAUUAAAACAAGGAGUGGGAAUGAGUACUCUUCCGUGCGUGAAACUCCGAGCUAUUGUGGAUGCUGCUAAAGAAGUAUCACAAUUGUAUGGAAGGGAACAUUCUGAGCAAAAUUUGCUGGGUGCUGAUGAAUUCCUACCCAUUUUCAUCUUCUGCGUCGUACGAGCAGAAAUGGAACGUCCGUGCGCUCUCAGUAAGUCCUUUCUUCCGUUCUUGUCUCGAUGGAUUGCAUUCCUUUUUUGUAUUUUUCCUGAUUUGCUUGUGUUAAUGGCUGGUUCUUCAGGCAUUCUAUUGCAAAAUCUGUGCGAUCGGAUCAAUCGAAUUGGAGAGAUAGGUUAUUUUCUUGCUUCUUUCGAGGCUGCCAUAGCUCAUAUACAGGAGAUUGACCUGACAGAAGAUAGAGAAGACAUGUUGUCGUUUUUAACUGUUCCGUUGACCGAAGUUUCGCUGAAUGAUUGAUCGAGACUAAAGCAAAGCACAAAGUGUUCUCUGGGUACAAAAACCACGGAAAGACUGGCGCUAGGUUUCGACGGAAAGUUAGUACUGAUAACCAUCAAAUGGAUGGUUCGUUUUUUUGCAUUAUUAGGCUCUUCAAUGAAUGAGCGCUCUGGACAUCAGUUGGGAAACUAUUUGAGCUAUCCUAGGUCCUAGGGCAUUUCGAAAUACAACACAUAUUCCUGUUUCAAAUUUAAUGUUGAAGCCACUAUUGGUGAUGAUAAUAUUCUUAAAU